ACUUCCUCAAUCUUUGGUCACCUCUGCCUCCAAUACCUUCCGGUCAUUAACAAGUUAACAUCCGCCACAGCUUCCAAUUCUUCCAUUGAAAUUCACAUCAUUCUUACAUUUGAUUCAGACAAUUAUAUGUCUCUAAGUUCGAUCUUUGUUGUUCUGUGCCUAAUUACAGUUAUGGAUUAAUGUUAAUGCGACCACCACGCUAUGGAGUUUUUCAAAAGAGCUAGAGUGGUACGAUUGCGAAGCCACCAUGAAAAAUAUCUAUUAGCAGAGGAUGAUCAAGAGACUGUGUGCCAAGAUCGUGAUGGAACGGCGAGGAAUGCUACAUGGACAGUGGAGAUUGUCCAAAGUGGAACAGCUUUACGUUUGAAAAGCUGUUAUGGAAAAUACUUAACAGCUUCUAACAUGCCAUUCCGUCUAGGAUUGAGAGGCAAGAAAGUCCUACAAACCCUGCCAAAGAGACUCGAUUCUUCUUUGGAAUGGGAGCCUGUAAGGGAGGGAUACCGGAUUAAGCUCAAGACACCCUAUGGUCAAUUCUUGCGUGCAAAUGGCGGUGUACCACCUUGGAGAAACUCCAUCACCCAUGAUGUCCCUCAUAGAUCUGCAAGACAAGAUUGGGUUUUGUGGGAUAUAGAUGUUGUGGAGCUUAAACGUGAUUCUCCAGAACAUCCAUCAAUGGCUGCGGCACAGCCCACUCCUGCAAGGGCACAAUCCCCUCCUGCAAAGGCACAAUCACCUCCUGCAAAGCCACAGUCCCCUCCUGCAGCGCCACAAUCCCCUCCUGCAGUGGCACAACCCCCUACUUCUCCACCACCUGAAUUACCUAUAGAGAUUUCAGAAUCGAGCUCUCCGACUAAGAUUGAGCUUAGGUCUCCCCAACUUCUCCAAAAAGAGUCAAGGAAGUCAAUUGAUCAUGGUUCGCCAAGGAACAAUGGAAGAAUGAUCUUCUAUCAUGUAGCAGAUGACAAAGGAGAAGCCCAUGACGAUGGAACAGAAAGUGUUUCCUUUUCAUUCAAAGGUAGUGAGGUAGAGGCGUUGAAGAAAAGGUUGAAGGAAGAGACAGGGCUCGAGGAAUUUGAAGUAUGUUCACGCAAUCCACUGAAUGGCCAACUUUACCCACUUCGCUUACAUCUUCCUCCAAACAACCAUGAUAUGCAUGUUGUGGUGGUUCCCUCCUUGAGUCCUUGACCGAAAGGUUAGACAUUUUCAAGGAUCUGAAUCAUCACCGGACUGAAUUCACACUAGUUGUCAAGAACAACAGAAUGAUACCCGCUUAUUUCGUAGGCUCAGCUUCAUACCGUGUAAAUGGUGAGGCAGAUGGAUUAGUAACUUGUUCAUAUACACCGCUACAUCUAGAAGUAGCACAUCUUUUCUGCAAAA